AUGGCGGGAUCAAUUCGUAUUGUAACAUGGAAUGCAAAUGGACUAAGCAAACAUAAAUCUGAACUAGAGAUCUUUCUGGAUGACCAGAAGAUUGAUAUAUGCUUGAUUUCUGAAACCCACUUCACGAAAGAAUCUAAUUUUAGAAUUAUCGGAUAUGAAACGUAUCAUACUAUUCACCCAUCUAAUAAAGCCCGUGGAGGGACUGCUAUAAUAAUUCGGGAGAAUAUAAAACACCAUGAAGAACCAAAACUAGCAACAGAAAGCAUACAAGCAGCUACGGUUAGCGUUCAAUGCAAAAGAUAUAAAUUCACAAUUUCUGCAGUCUAUAGUCUACCUAGGCACAACAUUCAGCAGAACGAAUAUAUUGAGUUUCUCCAAACUCUCGAAAACUCUUUCAUUGUGGGAGGAGACUUUAACGCUAAACACACGUAUUGGUGCAGCAGAUACUCUUCAAGUAAAGGUAAAGCAUUAUUUCAAGCAGGUAAAAUGCUAAAGUGUGACUUCUUAUCUAGUGGAAGCUCGAGCUAUUGGCCAGCUGAUACCAACAAGUUCCCCGAUGUGAUAGACUUUUUCGUCACCAAGGGACUGUCAACAAACUAUAUAAAUGUAGUGACCUGUCUAGAUCUCAGUUCCGAUCAUACUCCGGUUAUCUUAAUCCUGUACGACACAAUAGUAUGCAAGGAAAACCCAUCACUAGUUACUAAAAAAGUUGACUGGAGCAAUUAUUCAGCUUACUUGGAAAAAAAUAUUAAGCUUAAUACUUUGCUUAAAACGUCUGAUCAAGUUGAAAAUGAGACUAAGCUGUUUACUGAACAGCUCCAACAUGCAAGUAAAAUAAACUCUAAAGUAUUUGUUAAAACGAAGUACAUUGCAAGUUAUUCUAUUGAGAUCAAGCUACAGCAUAGUUGGAAGAAGUAUAUAGAAAUGAAAGUGGACUAUGUUGAAAAAUAA